GCUGGGUGAGUCGUUGAGUGGGUGGGCUGGCGAGUGGCUGGCCGCGUGGGGUGGCUGGCUGAGUGAGUGGUGGGUGUGUAAAUCCCCAGGCAGCAGCAGCAGCAGUCCGCCUCCUUCGGCACGUGGGACUGGAGGAGCGCGCGCUCUCGGGAGUCCAGGUGCCCCUCUCACCGUGGGUUCUGAGACCCCCCUCUGGAGCAUUCCGGAGCGUUCCAAGGGAUCCAGGAGUGAUUGAGAGCGUCGAGGAAUGUUCCAGAAGAUAACGCGAGCGAUCAAAAGUGUUCCAAAACCACAACCGAAGCUUUUCGAAGGUUUCGGCGGUGACACUGCAUCUUCAAUAGGUGCUUCAGAAGAUACAGCGGCGUUGAAGGACGAUUGAAUGAUCAAGGAGCGUUUCGGGCGAUUCAGGAAUAACGCAUAAAAAGUGUUCAAGAGUGUUUUAGAAGAUCCAUGAGCAUUCAAGAGUGUUUCAAGAGACACACCGGCCUCGGAAAACCUUCUACUGGAUUAAACAAAAAAUAAAGUGAAUGGGGAGAUAUUGAAACGUCUUCCAGAGAGCACAGACGUAUUGCGGAGCAUUCCAGAGCGUUCGGGAGUGAUAAGGAGGUUGUUCAAGAGGUCCUUCGGAAGAGUUCUCGAGCGUUCAGUGUUCGGCGCUACCAGCGAGCACGCGCGUGCUCUCAGCGCUCCUCUCAGAUAGUCCAAGAGGAGCCCUCGCCAGAGAAAGGAAGAAGGCAGAAGACCCGAACUCUCCCACUUCUGCCUGCAGGUUAAAACUUGCUGCCCACGUGCUCCGUCAACCCCGCUGCUCUCCACGUGCUCCGACAACUCCGCUACUCUCCACGUGCUCCGUGAGGCCUCUGCUCCCCACGUGCUCCGUCAACCCCCACUGCUCUCCACGUGCUCUGUGAGACCUCUGCUCUCCGCGUGCUCCGUCAACCCCCGGACCCACAGACCCGACCCCUGUACGUGGCUUCGCGUGGAUUAAAUUAAACCGCACUCGACAGGGAUCGUGGGUGCAGUGGCAUCGUCGGUUUUUAUUUUUAAAAUGAACUCCGUCUUCGACUUGAAAACGAUGGAGGUUUGAAAUCGCCCCUGGCUACUCAACAAAGGCAGAUCGACCGACGAGGAGAAGAGAGGAGCGAGCGAGCGAGAGAAAGAAAGGCUGAUGCUGUGAGAGGAGGGAUUGGAGCCAGGCAUGGCUCACAGACUUUACGCUCUGCGAGUCGUACUGCUUACGAUGCUACACGGAGCCGUGGCGCAGCAGUCGUUUGACACAGAGGAAGUGCCAAGAGGAGGCAGCAAUGACGCGGUGCCGUUCCGCGCAGUGUGGGAGCGCAGCUUCUGCCGCGCCAUGGAGGUGCUGGUGCCCGUGUCGGCCGAGCGACCGCGGGACGUGGAGCAUCUCUUCAAGCCGCCCUGCGUGCGCCUCCUGCGCUGCGCCGGCUGUUGCGGGGACGAGCGGCUCCAGUGCUUGCCCACGCGCACGCACAACACCACCAUGCAGAUUCUAAAGGUGAAGCCGCUGCAUGGGCAGUAUUUGGAAGAGAUGACGUUUGUGCAGCACAGUGCGUGCGAGUGCAGACAAGUAACGAGCAAAGGAAAAUCAGAGAGAGCGCGGGAGCCUGAAUCAAGGAAAGAGCGACGAGAGAGGAGGAAGGAACGGCAGCGGAAGGAGGGAGCCAAACCACGCAGCAGCAGCAGCACGUGUCCCCCGUGCGUCGGGCGCAGGCGCAGCCUCUUCUCGCAGGACCCGAGCACGUGCGCGUGCACGUGCCUGCUCCCCGCGGCGCGCUGCCUGCAACGCGGCCGCCUCCUCAACACGAGCACCUGCAGGUGCGAGAGGCCCAGAUGAUCAUUCCCUCCAUCUGCGCCUCACUCUCUCUCCACCACAAUUUAUAAAUAUAUUUAAGCUGCCAGAGAGAGCAGGAGAGGGUGGAAGACUGCCCGAGAAGGCAUAUUUAUUGCAAGGGCAAAAAUAACUUUGAUAUGAUGAGACUGGAUCAUCAGGCACCUCCUGAGCCCUGACAAAAGUUGUUAAAUCUCACUACUUUGCAAUUGAAGAUAUUGUGCUUCUGGGGCAAAGGGACAAGAGGGCCUGGAUGGUACACGGGACCUCUAUGACCCAUGGGACCUGGAUGAGAAUUGGGGUGUGGAUGAGCAUUGGGGGCUAAAAAUGACCCAUGGAGCCUGAGAAUUUUCGCCUGAAUGACAAUCAAGGCAUGAGAGCCAUGGGGCCUGAAUGAGACUUGAAUCCGGAGAAUUGGGGCCCCGAUGCGGCCUAAUUAACAAUGGCAUCUGAACAAUAAGGCAUGGAUGAGAAUUGGAGCUUGUAAUAAGCCAUGAAGAAUCUCCCCCCACCCGCCCCUGAUAAACAAUGGCAUCUGGAUGAAGAAUGGCGUCUGGAUCAAAAUUGGCAUCUGGACGAACAAUGGGGUUUGGAUGACAAUCGGCAUCUGGAUGAACAAUGAAGAACUGGAUUAACGAAAUUCAGAGAGGCCAGCAUGUGAGAUGCGGUGUGGAGCACCCGGCCCAUGCCAUCCAUUGAGUGAAAGAUCAUAAUAUGGACUUCGAGACUUUCAGAGGGGUCUGAGGGUCUGGCACAAGCAUGUAUGUGGCUGAACAUUGAUUAUGGGACUUUGCGAACGAUGGACAAAUGGAAGGCUACGGUUUUUUUUUAUAUCUGACAUGCGUCCUGUCCUUCUCGACUGGAACAUGGAGUUCCGGGAGGGCUUUGUAACAGCUGGGUGUGGGGUCACGGGAGGACACUGGGACUCGUGUUGUCCUCUCCAAUUAUCCCACUUAUGUCUGUUACGAUUCCUUUACCCCUCACACCACAUCGGCAUCCCACUUCCCUCCCUGAUUAAAAUAUAUAUACAUUCAGGAGCUUACGAUGUGCAGCUUUAUUUAAAAUUUACGUCACCAAAAUAAUUAUUAUUUUCUCCUUAAAAAAAGAAAUGAUGAUUGUUAUUCCACAGAAUUAUUCCACUCCCACACAUCUCCCAGCACGUCCACCCACACACUUCCGCACAUCAGCAUUGUAAAUAAUCACGAAUAAAAAAAACGUGUCUCCUGAAACGUGAACCCUUGCGUCUUGUUAAAUGGUGCCUAUGUGGGUUAAUCACCGUGACUGCCAUCAUCAUCAAGACCGUUAGUUAUCAACUUCCUCCAUUGUCAUCUUCAUCACCACCAUCAUCACCACAAAACACAUUCAUCAUCAUUGUAGUCACCCACUACUGCCAUCAUGACAAUCACCAUCAUCAUCAGCAUAACCAUCACCACCAGCUUCAUUGACCUUUAUCUUAAGCAGCGGUAGUAGCAAAACCAUCAGCCUUUCUGUACUUUCAAUAACUGAAUAUUGUUAUCAUUAGCAUCAUCAUAUCCCAAUUGAAUACGAGAUGAAUGUUCCAAUCACCGUUUUCAAUAUUCUGACCUCACUGCUCCCUGCCACGCACUCUCCGACCUCUCUCUCCCCUCUCAUUUCACUCCUGUGUUCUCCACUCAUUAUCUUACCUCCCCCGCUCUCAUAUCACCCAUCUCUUCUG